UACCAACAAGGAACCCGGGUGUAUUAGUCGUUUUCCUUGGCCUAUACCUGAACUGGAUGGUAAUUGCAUAGGAAAAUGGGUACAGGAAAAAUCUUCUCCGAUUCGUGCAUUAGAUGGAACAUUCAUUUAGUUUACGACUUUGCUCACGGAUCACCUGCUUGGCAUUUCCAUUUCGUGACUGGCAACGUUUGAUAAGAACACUCACUCGAAAGACAUAAAGACGGAUAGUUUCAAAGAGAUUUUAGUAGAGAUGGUCGUCUUCUUCUUUGUGUGCUCCAGCAGCGUAAUAUAAUCAACUCUACACGAUGAUGUGUGGUUGCCGAGGGUUGCAUUCUGAGCCGAACAAAAUUAAUUUGCACUCCACUUCAACCGCUAGAAACAAUGGUAAAAUUAUUACUAAACACCCUCAACUUUCCUUCAAAAGAGCGCUUCACUGCACGAUACGUUCUGCAAACAAUGGCCAAAUUGAAAUGUACACCGACGACGUACCUACCAACCCGAGUGCCAUAUUCCCACUUUUCCCCCUUUUUUCACCAAGAGGAGCAUGUGCACAGCAUGUGGCUGGCGGAUGAGCACCGAACGCGGCACACUCUCCUGUCUCGGUGGUGGUGUUGCUAGGACAGGAAACGGUGCAAUCUGGGUAAAGGAAAGAUAAUAAUCCUGGGCGGCGGUCUCGACGAAUGUAUAAAGUUUAAUUAUACUUCCAACGCCCCAUCAGUCUUCGGUUGUGCUAUCAACGUGUCGAUUUUCGUGCCACAUCGUCAUUGUGGAUCGAUUUUAAACGUGCAAAAUGCUCAUCUUAGCAAGCGUGUUUAAGCAAGAUGCUGAUGAAAUUUCAAAAACUUUAUCUGCUUCAGAGACUUUCUCUCGCAAAAGAGAAUCUUCGAUAUAUUUUUCUCUAUUACUCUGAACGAAUGUGGAGUAUAUUUAGCUUUGAUUUUUUUGAAAGAUCAAACGAAACCUUUGAUUGGUAGUUGUGUAAAAAACAAGCGAAGGACUUGUGUCCUUCCUGUACUGUCCAGCUUUGCGCAAUGUAACAAUGCGACGGACAGUGAUUGAAAUGCGUUGAAGAGAGAAAAUUGUGCCAAUCAUAACCUUAGUUGGAGCAUUUUUUAUUGCAUCCGAUUGGGCAGACACUUUUCCAUUGACUCGGUUUUCAUUGGCGAUUGAAAGAGAAUGCUUCCACCAUCGAUAUGAUUCGAUAUGCUGUGCCAUGCUGGUGGCAAGGCUUCCACCGCGACUCCAGGGACUUACUUGCAAUAGUGUGCGUGUUCACUUGAAAGGCGCAAGUGAACACUCGAUAAGAUCGUUAGGAGGUGAAAGAAUCUUUUGAUUUCGGAAUAAGUUCUUGUGCCAAAUUAGCAGAUAAUUGUUCGUUUCAUUGUUUCGGUUGUGGUAGUUUGAGAAACCUUCUUUUUUUAGUUCAACUAGCUAGUCAAGUGCGGCAAAGGAAGACUCCGAGAAAGACGAUUCUGUAAAUUCACGGACAGUUCUACAAGGCAUAUUAAUAUCUAGUGCAGCAAACUAACAGAUCGAGUCAUGAUUUCUCUACCCCAAAAAAAAAAAAGUGUCGAUAAUCGGUUUGAAAAGGAGCAUUGAUUUUCAAAUUA